GGCGCUAAGGAAGUCGCGCGUGGGAGCGGAGAGAGGAGGCUGGCACCGGACAGGUAGCUGCGGCGGCGCCGUGGCGGGGCUGAGCAGAGCAGAGGAAAGCGUCCCGGCUCCGGGGACAAUACACCUGUUCCGCAAACCACAGAGGUCAUUGAUUGGAAAGCUAACACAUGAAUUUAGGCUGGUUGCAGCAGAUAGGAGGUCCUGGAAGAUCUUGCUGUUUGGUGCUAUAAAUCUAAUAUGUAUUGGCUUCCUGCUAAUGUGGUGCAGCUCUACAAACAGCAUAGCUUUAACUGCUUACACAUAUUUGACAAUCUUUGACCUUUUCAGUUUGAUAACAUGUCUAAUAAGCUACUGGGUAAUGAUGAAGAAACCCAGCCCAGUCUAUUCAUUUGGGUUUGAAAGGUUUGAAGUUCUAGCUGUGUUUGCAUCUACAGUUCUGGCACAGCUUGGUGCUCUUUUUAUACUGAAAGAAAGUGCAGAGCGGUUUCUGGAGCAACCUGAGAUACACACGGGGCGGCUGCUGGUUGGUACCUUCGUGGCUCUCUUUUUCAACUUAUUUACAAUGCUUUCCAUUAGGAAUAAGCCUUUUGCUUAUGUCUCUGAAGCUGCCAGCACAAGUUGGCUUCAGGAGCAUGUUGCAGAUCUUAGUAGAAGUAUUUGUGGAAUCAUCCCAGGACUGAGUAGCAUCUUCCUGCCACGGAUGAACCCUUUUGUCUUGAUUGAUAUUGCUGGAGCUCUGGCUCUUUGCAUUACAUACAUGCUGAUUGAAAUCAACAAUUAUUUUGCUGUAGACACAGCCUCUGCUGUAGCAAUUGCUUUGAUGACGUUUGGUACCAUGUAUCCCAUGAGCGUCUACAGUGGUAAAGUACUACUUCAGACAACCCCACCUCAUGUGAUUGGCCAGUUAGAUAAACUUCUUAGAGAGGUUUCAACUUUGGAUGGUGUCUUGGAAGUUCGAAAUGAGCAUUUCUGGACAUUAGGUUUUGGCACUUUGGCUGGAUCAGUCCACGUUCGAAUUCGGAGGGAUGCAAAUGAACAGAUGGUACUUGCCCACGUCACUAACAGACUAUACACGUUGGUCUCUACCUUGACUGUUCAGAUUUUCAAGGAUGACUGGAGCAGACCUACCUUAUCAUCUGUGCCUAUUGCAAACAAUAUUCUGAACCUCUCAGAACACCAUGUUAUUCCAAUGCCACCUUUGAAAGCUGCUGAUAGUUUGAACCCUGCUACAUCCACUCCAGCUAAGCCCAGCAGCCCACCACCAGAAUUUGCUUUUGAUACACCAGGCAAAAACGUGAGUCCAGUCAUCCUUUUAAACACUCAAACGAGGCCCUAUGGAUUGGGGUUCAAUCAUGGAUCCACACCCUACAGCAAUGCACUUAAUCAAGGAUUUGGAAUACCAGGAAUGGGAGCAUCUCAAGGAUUCAGAACUGGUUUUACAAAUAUCCCAAGCAGAUAUGGAACAAACACUCGUGGUCAACCCCGACCAUAAUAAACACCAUUAUUUAUUGUA